AUAAAUCCUUUCGUGAAUAAUACCAGAAUAUUUAAAACAAUUUUUGCCAUCAAUUUCAAUAGCAAAAACCCAUACAAGUGCGCCCCAAGCAUUCAUAAAAGUUGAAGUUAUUAUAGUGUACCGUGGCGUAACGACGCGACGCUUCGAAACCUGCCGAUACACUGCGCUAGUUAUAAUUACUGUACUAUCAAGGCCAUAUGUUACACCGCCAAACUAAAAUAUUCGACUCCUGUCUUAGAAUCGCUUGAAAGAGGUGGACAGUGUUUAUUAAACCAACAAGUGAAAUGGUAUGAAGUUUGUGUCAUACAAUUAAACAUCGGAGCGAAUUACAACCUGUGAGGGAGUACCAUCACAGGCCUGCUAAAGAUAUAUUCGAGGCGAGCUUUUCUCCAAUAUUUUGGGUACUGUUUUGAUGAACAUUCAAGCCCCCCACCGGAAGGCUAGUUCUGUUACCCCCAGCGCUACCUACAACCGCCGAAAUUCAAUCAUCAAGGAACCGCAGAAACAUUCGCAUGGGCAGGAUGAAUCCUUUAGAGGAUCAUGAACGUAAAAUCAUUAUAGAAUUUUGCCAUCUACUGGAAAAAUCCAAACAACUAUUCAAUGGUUUACGAGAGUUGCCACAAUAUGGGCACAAACAAUGGCACUCCUAUUUUGGAAAGACGUUCGAUGUGUACACGAAGCUGUGGAAGUUCCAACAGCAACACAGGGGAAUUCUUGAUAGUAAAUAUGGACUGAAACGUUGGCAAAUUGGCGAAAUCGCUUCGAAAAUAGGACAACUUUAUUAUCACUUCUACUUAAGAACAAGUGAUACAGCUUACUUAAGCGAAGCCUUCUCCUUCUACUUCGCCAUUCGAGGCAGGAGCUACUACACUCAAGCUUCUAAAGAAGACAAAUGCGAACUGAUGGUAAAAAAACUUCGUUACUAUGCACGUUUUAUCGUCGCAAGCCUUCUGCUCAAAAAAAUGAAACUGGUCCGGGACCUAUUAAAUGAGCUUGACAAACAAAUUAGCGAAUAUGGCAUCACUUAUGAGCCAGAUGAUCAAAAUGAAUGGAGGAUUGUUGCUGAUGAAGUUAGGAGCUUCAUUAAAGUGGAGCCAGUGGUGACUGUGUACCAUCCUCAAGAGUUCGUCGUAAUACUGUCGCAUCGACUUAGUCCUCAAACGACGCCACCAAUCGAGAGGACGUCCGCGAUGACAUUAAUUCUUCAAGAAGUACUGAUUGUUGGAAGUAAUGCUACUCAGCUGAAGUUUUCUGAACUGACUAUGGACAUGUACAGAAUGAUGCAAACUCUUGAACGGGAGCCCAAUGGCGAGGCCCAGCACUUGUACGAUGAAUCGCCACGACAGCGUUGUGCGUCAACACCGAGUGCUUUUAAUAACAAAGGCUAUAACUUAGAAUGCGGUCUUAACAAAAACGAGGGGCCGCAUAAAUACUUGCUGUUUAAACCAUCACCUAACCAGGUGUUUGUGUACCUGGCUAGUGCUUGCGACGACCUGCUCUGUAACGGAGUGGUUCUGCUAUAUAUAUCUGCAGAAGGAUUGCUCGUUCCUCCGUCAAAGAAUCACUGUGAAGAAGCAGGUGGCUACGACGUGGGAGGACUGAUCACAACGUCCAAAAUCGACGUGCUUGGACGGGAAACGACGAUAAAAGAGGGAAAGUCGGCCCCUCCUAAGUAUAAAGAUUUACAGGUUCUCCAUCCAGGUGACCUGUAUCCAUUCACACGGCGACCUAUGGUCGUGAUCGUGGAUUCCGACAAUUCUUUCAUUUUCAACGACAUGCCUCGUCUUUUCGGGCAGCCGCUGAUUAUACUGAUGUCACCGAUGGAGCUGCCUUCCAGUCUCUAUCCUGUACCUGGUGAGGCGAGGGUUGAAGGAAGCUUGUUCACUCUGUUCCUGCACUGCCCGCUGUCAGCGCUGUGCCUCUGCUGCGACAUCAAGAAGAUGGGGUUAAUGAACUGGGAACGAGCACAGUCCUAUAUUGAUGCAUUCUUGAAGGAAGCAGGCGCGCUGGUAGCUCGCAGUCGUACCGAGUACGUGUUAUUCCUUGGUGACGAUUUCUUGCGGCUGCUGAUUCUACGCUUCAUCUUCUGCGAGACGUUUCUGCGAAUGCAUCGGCUGUUCCGCGGUCGGGCGCAGCACACGCGCUGCAGCCCACCUCUGCCCAACGACAUCUAUGACCAUCCCACCCUCACUCACAUCUUCAUGGAGCUAUUAGCACACCUGCAGGUACGAAGCCACUUCCACGAGCCAGCUGCCGCUGCCCAGGCUAGCAGGGAGUGAUAUGCGUCGAAAAGAGCUCGCAGUGUGUCGUUCGCCGCUCAAUAGCAAAUAGCUUUCUGUCCACGGCCCACUGCGGGUCGAGACAGAACAUAUAUAUAAAAUAUGGCGGAAAUAGUGGUUCAUGGCAUAAACCACCUCUGUUGCGAGCGCGUGCUACAAGAUUUAAGUUCCUUGUAUUGAGGCUCAAAUUACUUGCGCUCCUAAAUUUAAUCCAUAAUAAAAUAAUUGUUACUACAAUAUACUCAUAAUAAAUACAAAUACAAGAGGAAGCACGAUUGUAAAUAAGCACCCAUUUAUUAGGUAGAUCAAUUACUAUUGAACCCUAUCUUUUCGACUACAUUCAAGUAUUUUAUCGAAAUACAAAAAUAAUACAAUACAGGAUAUUUAAAACGGAAACUUGCAAAACCACAAUUAAGAACAAUUAAUUCCAUGGAUCACGACGGCAAAUUAAAGUCAGCUAAAUAUACGAAGGCUACAAAAAUAUCAUGUCCAAGAUUACUAUAUUUCAGCUUAUGGUUCUAUUCAGAAACAUUACUGAAUAUGAACCACUACACGACGAACAAAGACGAAUAGUUGUUCAGAACGUUACCACUUUGUUUUAAUGUUUAAGUUAAUACUGAUGAAUCAUGGAUAUUUCUAAUAUUAUGCUCCUCCGAAUUAUAUCCUAUGCUAAUGCAGAGGUAAUCCUAGGUAUUGUUUAAAAUACAAACAUUAUCCACAUUUGUGGUCAACAUAACAAUUAUAGGAAAAAUGUACAAAACACUUAUUUCAUAUUUAUCUUGUGAUUUCAUUGUACUCAUUUAAACUGUCAAACACCGCGCGGUCACCGGUGACCGCAACCUAUUGUUCUAUAAUUGUGUCUAUAAUGACGGUACUUGACGAGUUAUUCUCAGUACAGUUAAAAACUGUUAAUAGUAAUUAUAUAUAUAUCCACAUCGUGAUCCAUCAGAACUAAUAAACAGUUUUUAUAAAAUAUAGCAGAUUAUGCAAUGUUAUGUUAUGUUACCCGAGAUUGACUUAACACUGAAGAAAAACUGUGUCUAUUAUUACAAUAAACUGAAUAUAACAAAAAAUAUUUAAUGGCGUCAUGUACUUAUUAUUUAGAAACUUUGUAAAUACUCUAUGAUAUUCAA